CUGAAGGAAAUACAGUCUCUCUGUCAUUAGCUGCUCAAUGUUCCACGAUGUUCAUCAGAUAGUCAGUAACUUUGUCUACAUGCUGUUUGGUGCUGAACAGGUAGUGAACUUGAAUUGGGGAAUAAUUCACAAAGGAUGAGCAACACUAACCACACCUCCACCUCCACCCAAAAUGUCAUCAGAGCCCACUACCAGCUCCAGAGGCAGUCACACAGUUUAAUAUAUGUGAUAACCAGCUGAAAUUAAACACUUGAGACAUGUAGAAGCAGACAGUCGACUCCUCUGUUAACCUCAACAGACCUUGUGACAAUGGCUGUGGGUAUGGGAGAAUGGAGUGAGACAAUGGACGUCACUGAGGAAACUCAGAAGAUUUGUGAUCAGGUGAAGGACGAAGUGGAGAAAAAGACAGGCGAGAACUAUGGGGUAUACACAGCAGUGAAAUACUGUGAGAUUGUUGAUGAACAAAGCUUCCUUUUCAAGGUUCAUGAUGGAGGAGAGGACUAUAUUCAUCUGAAUGUCUUCCGAAUACCUCUGCUUGUACACGGUGCGCCGGACCCAAAGGAAAUAUUGUGCGGUGUCGAGCAGCACAAAACCAAAGACGACCCCCUCGUACCUUUCACCAACUGAUCACACAACCUGUUUCAAUAGUUAAACACUUACAGGCUGCAGUCUCAUGUUAAAAUGCUCUGCUUCUUUAUUCUGAAAUGACCUGACACUGAUUUUAAAUGUAUUAACACACGGAGAUAAAGAUAUUUGGUGUUGGGAAACAGCGGGUUUAAUAC